CCUUGAGCUCCUGAAGCUACUCUUUUCUCUCUGACUGCAGAUUGAACUUCACCCGAGACUGUAACUUCCUUCCUCUGUUUAACAUUUGAAGACAUGCAGAACGAAAUUUGAAAGCAAAUGAUCCAUCGACUUCUGACAGAUCCACUUGAUUCAUUGGGACUUGAAUAUCAGCUACUGUUCAAAUCAAGAAGAAAUGUUUCUUUUUGUCACUUGAGAGGUUUUGGACACUGGUGUGUCAGGAAGAAUACUGAGACACCCAACUGAGGGACAUUCAGUGCGCUGACUGUGAAAAGUGCUUCAAAUCAUUUACUCAACUUGGGGGAUCAAAAUCUCACCCCUCACGGUGGGGAGAGACUGUACGCAUUCUGUUUGUAAUUUCAAACACAGAGUGACACAAGGAAAGCUUUCUCCAUGGGGAAACCGUGGAAAUGUGGGGACUGUGGGAAAGGAUUCCCUUAUCCAUCGGCAUUGGAAACCCACAGACGCAUUCACACCGGGGAGAGGCCUUUCACCUGCCCCGACUGUGGAAAGGGGUUCAGUUGGCUGUGCAACCUGCUGGCACACCAGCGAGUUCACACCGGGGAGAGGCCGUUCAUCUGCCACCAUUGUGGGAAAGGAUUCACUCAGUCGUCCCGGCUGCAGACGCACCAGCAGGUUCACACCGGGGAGAGGCCGUUCUCCUGCUCUCAGUGUGAGCGGAAAUUUAUUGAUGCAUCCCACCUCCUGACACACCAGUGCGUUCACACCGGGGAGAGGCCAUUCACCUGUCCCGAAUGCGGGAAAGCAUUCACCGUUUCUUCCAGCCUGCUGAAACACCAGCGAGUCCACACCGGGGAGAGGCCGUUCACCUGUUCCGUGUGCCAGAAGGGCUUCUGUCGGUUGUGGACCUUGCGGACCCACCAGAGGGUCCACACGGGAGAGAAGCCGUUCACGUGCCCAGUGUGUGGGAAAGGGUUUGCUCAGUCAUCUACUCUGCUGACCCACAAGCGGGUCCACACCGGGGAGAGGCCGUUCACAUGCUCUCAUUGCGGGAAGGGAUUCAUGGAUUCUUCCGCCCUGCUGACCCACCAGCGGGUCCAUACUGGGGCACGGCCCUUCACCUGCCAGGAGUGCGGGAAGGCCUUCCGUCGUAUGAGCAACUUGCAGACUCACCAGCGGGUCCACACAGGAGAGAGACCUUUCACAUGCUCAGAGUGUGGGAGGGGAUUCAUUGAUUCUUCCACCCUGCGGUCCCACCAGCGGGUCCACACCGGGGAGAGGCCAUUCGUCUGUCCCAAGUGCGGGAAGGGCUUCAGUCAUGUGGGCAACUUGCGGAAGCACCAACGGGUCCACACCAGUGAGAACCCGCUUACCCCUCUCAGUGUGGGAAAGACUUCACCCGCUCAUCCCACCUACAGAGGCACCAGCGAGUUCACAUGCCAUCGCAUGGGGAUUGAACGCAGUCACACCGGGGAGAGGCCAUUCUCCUGCCCUGAGUGUGAGAAGGGCUUUGUCCAAGUCUCCCAUCUGCUGACCCACCGACAUAUCCACACUGGGGAGAGGCCAUUCACCUGCCCUGAGUGCGAGAAGGGCUUUUCCCAGGCCUCUGCUCUCGUAGCCCACCGGAGGGUCCACACUGGGGUGAAACCCUUCCUCUGCCCCGAAUGCGGGAAUGCUUUUAGCAAGUCCUCCAACCUGCUGGCCCACCGGCGCAUCCACACGGGGGAGAGGCCCUUCAACUGCCCCGAGUGCGGGAAGGCCUUUGGUGAUUCCUCUGCCCUGCUGAUGCACCAACGGGUCCACACCAGCGAGCGGCCGUUCUCCUGCCUUCAGUACAGGAAGGGCUUUAAACGUUCCUCUGAACUGCUGUCCCACCGGCAGGUCCACACAGGGGAGUGGCCCUUCAGCUGCUCCGAGUGCGGGAAGGGCUUUACCCAGGCAUCCAACCUGAUGACCCACCAGCGGGUCCACACCAGGGAGAGGCCAUUUGCCUGCCCAAGAGCGGGUGGAGUUUUGCAUUGUCCGGUAACUUGCAGAGACACUAGAGAGGGCACCAGUGUUCUCAGCAAUUAG